UCGAAGUAAUAUCAUUUUUGCGCACAUUUUUCGAAAAUUUAAAAAUUAACCGUGGUCAUGAACGAUCGAGAAUUCAAUCCGCUAUUCGAGGAAAAUUUUAAAGAUAUAGAAGAUAUAAUCGAUUCCAGAAAACUUUUAGGACAAUACAAUGUUCAACCGACCGUUCACGGUAGAUACGCAUAUUCGCAACCAAGUCAUUUAAGCGAAAAUAUGGACAGAUACGAAGACGCGCUGAUGUUGAACGAAGGGGACUGUAUCAAUAGUUCCAAUAUUAAAAAGACUGAUUCUGAAAUUACGUUAGUAAGAGUGAAAAUUAGCGAAUCCACUCUUAAAAGACGAAGAAGCAAAUGGGAUAUGCAUGAUAUAGCUAUUCCAGGAGACGGAUCUCAUUUAGCAGAAAGUCCAUCACUAGUUAAUUUAGUAACACUUGUCGGUGACAUAAUUCCCUGCGAAGGAGAAGAAUAUCUAGUGCCCAUUUCAUCUUGGGACCCAUACUUCAAAGCUGAAGAAUUCAAUAACAGAUCACAAACAAAUUUAAACGAUCAAAUACUCGAGGAAGCUCAGAACGACAUGUCUGAAGUAAAAGAAGAACAUAGCGAAAACAGCGUCUCUAGAAAACCUUCGUGGGCGGGAAAAAUUUCGAAUUUCAUUAAAAAACAUAUCGGCUCGAAAGAGUCAAGUUUAACGAAAAUGGAUAGUACGAAAAAUUGA